UAUUAUUAGUGCAUGAUACGCGAAUUCAUUAGCUUCACUGUUGGAGCAGAUAGGCUACUCGUAAUCUUAAAGCAUUAACAUGAUGCAGAGGUUUAGCUCUCUCUGUCUCUCUUCCUUUUAGCCCUGUAGCUAUUGGCUUUGAUCAUCUUAAGAAGGCAGUAUCCUGUUAUCAGGGAGUAGGCUAAGCUGGAAUUAGUUUCUUCUGAGGUUUAGAGCAAGGAAGAGUUGCAUUACUACUUGUAUCGGUAUGAAUCACUUGUUGUUAAGCAGGUGUAAGUUUACUUAGAUACGUUAACCCUUCUCUUCAUUCAAAACAGUUUCAUGCUGAGACUGGUUUCUAGUUUCAAAUGGCAUGUAUUACGUACUGCAAAAGUAGGUUGACAGAUUAAGCAUUCGGCUGCAGAUGAGCAUCUUAAACCAGUCCAUCAGUCCAAAUGGACAACCGGCAUUCCCCCUUAAAGGUUCUGCCGCACAAGAUGCCUGUCAAAAUGUUCAAAUGGCCUUGCCAUUGCGUAAGACUUCCACCCUGAAGGCAUACCGAUCGAGCUCCAUGAAGAAAGCUUCCUCUGUUCGUGGUGCAUCUGAUGUUGGAUCUCGGACUGAUCGACACAUUGACAUUCUAGAUGGAUUCACCAGCAGCAUUCGCAACCUGCCUCAUCUACUCCAGCUUGAAAACCAAUCUGAGAAUGCAGAGAGAUGCAAGAUAUCAGUGUGCAGCAUGAAAUUCCAGCCCUUCAAUCCAAGUUUCAUGCAUGCCUUUGUGGAGAAUGAGGAGUUCUGUGAGACAGAAGAUGUUGGCAAAGAGUCUGAUCGAGGCUCCUUCAAGCCAAGUGAUGUUCUUGUCAUCUCUGUUUCAUCUGCUGUGGAGCUGGAUGACCGACAGAUGGAUCUCAUCACUAGGAAGAUGCAGAAGCUGACAGGAUUCAGAAAGUUGAGGCUGGAAAACAUCGUUGAUCCAUCGUUAAUUGCAGGGUUUGUCAUCAGCUACUGCAGCGAUGGGUCUCAUGUUAUCGAUCUAAGCGUGAAAGGUCAGUUGGCUACACUAGCAGCCCGGCUCGAAUCGUCGGAUCAGAAGACUGCCAACACUGUGCAAAGCUGGAGUUUCCCAAGCAACACGAGCUAAACUGAUCAUAUACAAACUCAUGAGUCCGGACAAUGAACUCAAGGAAGCAAGAUCUUGAUCUUGUUCUGCUCAACUCUAAAUUUUUGGUUUCAGAGAUGUGGAUACAAGCAGGCUCUUACUACCUCUUUCAUGUAUUGACAGUGAACCUAUUAAUGGAGUUGUUGUAUGCAUCAAGUUUUGACUGUUUCUUGCAGAGUUUAUCUCAGUUUAGAUCAAGAGAUGCGACUGCCAAUUAGCCUUGUAUGUUUUGACCUGAUGUGUAAGAUAUCUGAUGCCAUCACCUUA